UCCACCCAUCCAUCAUCACCUCAGCUCAGCUCACCUCGGCGACCAAGCAAGCCACCAUGUGUCCAGGCCUCCGCAGCGCCACCGCCGCCAUGGCCCCGUCCUCCAGGCAGGAGCAGCAGCCGUCCUCCUACCUCCUCGAGCUGGCCGCCGACGACGACCUCCAGGGCUUCCGCCGGGCCGUGCAGGAGGACAACCUCUCUUUGGUGGCUUCAUCCCCCUGGUACGGCCCCUCCCCCAGGGCCAACAACGCCCUCGCCCUCCACCUCCGAACCCCCGCCAUGGUCGCCGCGCUCUACGGCAGCACCCACGUCCUCUCCUACGUCCUCUCCAUCGCCCCCUCCGAGGCCGCCCGCGCCUCCGCCACCGACGGCGCCACCCCGCUCCUCCUCGCCGCCCAAGGCCGCGCCCCCUCCGCCCCCGCCGCCGCCCGCCUCCUCCUCGCCGCCGGCGCAUCCCCCUCCACCCCUCUCCCCCUCCGCCACCACAGCCCCACCAAACAGCAACCAGACUCGCCAGAAAAGAAGAAAAAAGACUACACCAGCUCCGCCAACCCCGCCACCCCAACCGAGGACAUCAACACCGGCGUCUUCUGCACCGACGAGUUCCGCAUGUACAGCUUCAAGGUGAACCCGUGCUCGCGCGCCUACACGCACGACUGGACCGAGUGCCCCUUCGCGCACCCGGGCGAGAACGCGCGCCGCCGCGACCCGCGCCGCCACGCAUACACCUGCGUCCCCUGCCCCGACUUCCGCCGCGACCCCGCCGCAUGCCGCAAGGGCGACGCCUGCGAGUUCGCGCACGGCGUCUUCGAGUCCUGGCUCCACCCGGCGCAGUACCGCACCAGGCUCUGCAAGGACGAGGUCGGCUGCCCGCGACGCAUCUGCUUCUUCGCGCACGGGAACCGACAGCUACGCAACGUCAACCCCUCAGCCGCCUCCAUGUCCGAAUCGGGGAGCUUCUCUUCGUCGGCUGCCUUCGCCUCCUCGUCGUCGGCUGCCAGUUUCUCCUCCUCGCCGCCGCCGCCCUCCAGGAGGCCGGCGCUCACGGCCUCGCUGAGCGCGCGGGACCUCGACUUCGACGCCGACCACUACACCACCAGCACUCGCCGAAUGAUGAUGGCCAGAGCCACCUCGCCCCCGGGAUACUCGUCCGACCUCGUCGCCGCAUACGCCCAGGCCCUCUCCUCCCUCCAGCUUCAACAACAGCAGGCGCGCAACACCAACAAGCCGCCGAUGGCGCUCAACUCCCGCGCGGCGGCCUUCGCCAACCGGAGCCAGACCUUCGUGCACCGCUCCCCGGCUCCGUCCCCGGCCGCGCGCUCCUUCGCGUCCCCGUCUUCCGUGCUCGACAACUGGGGCUCGCCGGACGGGAAGCUCGACUGGGGCGUGCACGUGCAGGCCGCCGAGCUGCGCAAGUCCACGUCUUUCGGGGUCGGCGGCAGGCCGCAGGCGUCCGUCAGGCGGGACCAGGACAUGUACUCCUGGCUCAACGACGGCGGCGCCGACGUCCUCGCGGCGGCUCGCUGGUCGGACCUCGAGCAGAUGGUCGCCUGAAUUUCUUCUACUACCCAAAGAAUUACGUACACUCUUAGCAGUAUUAUAACACGAGAGAAUUAUGUGGUUGAUCGUUUCUUUCUUUUUUUCAAUCGGAAAAAAAUAUAUAUGAAAAUGUAACAUAGUAUGAUUCAUUCAUCCUCCAAUUAUUUCUUUGUGUAGCUAGAGGAGUGGACUGGAUUUCUCUUACUACUAAAAUCGUUCACUUUUGUUUGUGCUCAACUGGAUGGCAAUCUAGUCCACCAACUUGUUCUACUCCAUCAAGUUACAAGUUGAA